CAGAUACACAUUUCUCAUUUCUCACUUCCACAAAUUUUGGUCGACUCCUGCGUAUUGUUGCGUAUAUCAGAUGAGUAAGAUGAUGAAUAAGAUAUGGACUCAAUUCAGGGGUGGCUGCAUACUUCGAGGAAAUUUGAUUAAAUUCAACAAUAGUAUUACCGGCAAAAUUGAAAAUGAUCUAAAAAUCGAAGAGUUGCUAACGGAACGGAAGCAACUGGAGACAAAAGCCAGCACGCUCACCAAGCAGGUCAGAGGACUAGAGGUCAUUGUCUCCGACUUGACGCGGGCUAUUAAACGCACAGAGUUCCAUAAAGACAUGGAUCUGAGAAUUAAAGUGACAGCAAAAAAAGCACCAGCCGAACAAGGGAUUGAGAGCAGCACUACCACGACAUCUUCUCCGUCAGACAAAAAAAAACCACCCAAUGUCGGUGAUAUGAGUUGAUGCAAAAAUCCCCUCGAGUGGUUCACAGGGGUUUCAUUAUCAACAGAACGUGUCGGAAACCUAUAAAAGCAUUCAUCUCGACUGAGAUUGGCAUUCAGAAAGCAAAAGAUUCCAAACGAUGAAGCUGUUCGCACUGUGUUGUCUGCUGUUCGCUCUACUCGGAUGCCUGGUCUCUCCAAGCUAUGGCUCGCCAUCCCGUCACAGCGGAGGAGGAACUGGAGGAGCGCCUGGAGGAGCUGGAAAUCCUUUCAGACAGCCGCCCGCACCACGUCCUUUCAUCUAUGACUCGCCGAUCCGAAGACCAGGUCAACCAAAAACUAUGUACGCUUAAAUCAACAAAUGUGACUUAAUAAAUUUACUAAAUAUGAAAACGGAGAAAAGUGA